AUGGAGCCGCUUUCCAGCCCUGGAGCGGCUCGCGCCUACCAGCUUGAAAUGCUCGACCACAGUCUCAAGCAAAAUGUGAUCGUGGCCAUGGAUACUGGUAGUGGCAAGACACGAAUCAAUUCUUCGGAUGAGAGCACAACUAGAAAUAUCGAGCGAAAAGUUGAUCUGGUUUCUAGCCCCGACAGUUCUACUCUGUGCCCAGCAGUAUAA